AUGGGAAGAAAUCCUUCUAAAGUUUUUUAUUGUCCCAAUAUUAUUCAAUGCUAUGGUGGUUUCACGACCCUUGAGCGAGAACAAGGAAUGAUUUACAAUAUGUUCCUUGAAUAUGCUCUAGGAGAAAGGGAUGUUAACUACUAUGCCCAAAUGAUACUUGAAGUACUUCUAGACAUUCAUGAGAAAAGGUUUAUUCAUUCAGAUUUAAAACCAGGUAAUAUUUUGGUUUUCCCUCCUCAACAUGGUGCCAAUUUAUCUACUUUAAAGACUGCAGAUUUUGGAUUAGCUAAACAACUAGGGGUAAAAGAUACAAGGUUUGAGUUUCAAGGUAUAAGGUAUUACAUGUCUCUUGGAUCGAUUUUCGAAGAAGUUAGUGGUGCAUUGGAUAUAUGGUCGUUGGGUUGCAUUGAGGUUCAAAUGAUUAUGGGGAAAUUGCCAUGGGACACUCGCGAUCGAGAUGAAUUAAGAGACAAGUUUUUGAGAGGAGAAUCAGCCAACAUCUUGGAAGACAUGUCGAAGCUAGGGAAUAGUUUCUUGAAGGAAUGCUUUGCUAUUGAUCCAAACAAAAGGUAG